GACCUCUUGCACCUUGAAGGACAUCACAGCCGCCCGGCCUACAAGGAGAGCUCCCAGCUCAUGGGCAAGAAGGCACAAUGGGAAGAAAGCUGGCACGGUGGAUGGCAGCAGUACCAUGGUGCAUCUGGCUCGCGGCAGCACAAGGGAUAUGGCAAGGGCAAGCAGGCGAAGGAUGGCAAGCGAUGGAGAGAACCGCAAGAGGACACAGCCCAGGGAUUUCCCUCCUUCGAAGAGAUGAAGAUCAAGAACAAGGGCGACAGGACCCACCAACGACAGGAGACCAUGGACGUCGACGAGAGCGAGCCCUCUGCAGGUGGAUACCUCCGCGGCUUCCAGAAGAUCCUCAACGGGCUGCGCAAGGCGGAGACGAGGGCAAGGAAGCUGGAACAGGAAUGCCAGGACACCGACGACAAAUGGGCGGCAUUCCAGCAGAGCCUCAAGGACUCGUAUGUCAAAGAAAGGGCGAAACACCGAGAAAAGAUCGGGAGGCUCCGUGCAGAACUAAGCGAACAAAACCAGGCCAAGGAGGACAUCGUCAGGGAGCUCAAGAAGGUGGUCGCGAACCCGACCGUGAUCAUGGCCCCGAAGGACAAGGACCUGGAGAACGCAGAGGCCCUCGAGGAGUUGGAGCAGCUACUGGCCGCGCCGACAAGGAGCAGCUCAGGCGAAGGACUCGCAGACCUACUUGCGGGAGUUGUCCGAGAUGGGCUGACGGGCAGCGGCGACAGCAGACAAAGACUCCUGGAUGCUCUGGCCUCGCACGGCAAGAGCGCGGAAGCCCCACGGACCCCACCGCGCCGGACGCUGGCAUACGCCGACAAGACCCCGCCGGCGAAGACGAGCCAACGGGCACAAGUCAAGGAAGAGAUCGAGGACCACGAGGGCAAAGGUGGGACUCCAGAAAGAAGCGAAGUGCCCUUUGUGGGCUCCCCGUCCUUGACUGGGUUGAUCCCGGAGACAACGGCCGCCUCGAUCAAGGAAAAACUAGAGGAGAAGCGGAGGCUUGCGACAGAAGAAGAGGAAGACUCGGAUGUGGAAUUCCUCGACGGCUUAAACAAGCAGGAGAAGGCCCUGGACUUUUUCGGCGUGUUCCAGGAGGCCUAG